AUGAGGCAUAAAACUGAUAUCUAUCUAUCUAUCUAUCUAUCUAUCUAUCUAUCUAUCUAUCUAUCUAUCUAUCUAUCUGUGUCUGUCUUUUUUUUAUGCCAUUACUUUUCUCGCCUUUUCUUUCUCUUUACUUUCCUCCUUUCUUUUCCUUUUUACAUUUUUCUUUUCUCCUUCCAUUUGUCAUCUUCCAUUUUUAUCUGUGAAUUCUUUUUUUCCUUUUUUCUUUCUUUAUUUUUUGCUUUCUUUCUUUCUUUUUGCUUUCUUUCAGAUCCUCUCAUUUCCAACCACUCUCUACUAUCCUCUUUUCUUUCCUUCAAUCUUUUCCUUUUCACAUUUGCAUUUUUCUCCUUCCAUGUAUCUCGUACCCUUUCGUUCUUUCUUUCUUUCUUUCUUUCUUUCUUUCUUUCUUUCUUUCUUUCUUUCAAAUCCUCUCAGUCCCAACAAUUCUAUAAUAUUCUCUUUCUUCCUUCAUUCUUUCGCAUUUGUAUUUCUUUUCUCUUCUUCUUCGAUUUUCCACACGAUUUCUUUUUUCUCUCUUUUGUCUUUCUUUUUCUUUCCUUCCUUCCUUCCUUUCUUUCUUUCUUUCUUUCUUUCAUACAUUCAUUCAAAUUCACUUAUUUCCAAGUGCUCUCUGCUAUUUCUUUUCUUUUAAAUAUUUGUAUUUCUUUUCUUUCUUUUCUCUUUUCAUUUCCGUCUUUUCUUUCUUUCUUUCUUUCUUUCUCUCUUUCUUUCUUUCUUUCUUUCUUUCUUUCUUUUCAUAUCCUUUCAAUUUUCCACCCGAUUUCUUUUUCUCUCUUUCUUUCUUUCUUUCUUUCUUUCUUUCAAAUUCACUUAUUUCUAAGUACUGUCUACUAUUUUUCUUUUAAAUAUUUGUAUUUAUUUUCUUUCUUUUCUCUUUUCAUUUUCCGCCUUUUCUUUCUUCCAUUCUUUCUUUCUUUCUUUCUUUCUUUUCUUCCUUUCAAAUCAUCUCAGUCCCAACCACUCCUUACUAUUUGCACGACUACCCGAAUACAAACACCCUUACUAGCCCUUGAUUUUGUUUUCCUUACCAAGAUCGUGUCGACAAGAAUUUAUCGGCCUAUCUAA